AUGCAACUAGAACAAAUAAAAGUACAAUCACUUAAGCGAAAAUAUCAGACUGCUUCAUCAAGCCCUUUGUUUAAAAAUACGGAUGAAAAUAAAGGUUUAUUAUCGAAAAAUAACGUUUCCAAAUAUGCAUUAAGUACUAAGGUUAAUGGUGACGAUAAUGAGUCUGUAGCAAAAAUACGUGAUGUAAAUCCGAAAAAUCGUCCGGCUGCUUCAUCGACCCAUUUGCUUAAAGAAAAAGAUAAGAAUAGAGGUUUAAUACCAAAAAAUGACGUUCCUACAGAUGCUGAAUAUAACGUCGUUCAUGAGCCAGUAGUUGAAAUAGGUGACAACGAAUCGAAUACCCAUGAAACUGAGAGCAAUGGUAGUAUGACUUGUGGUUAUGAAGACACGAAAUUAUCAAAGGUAUAUCUCGGUCCUGAAGUUUGGAUUGAUUCCAAAUUUUUUAAGUCAUUAUUACGGAACAACAAAUAUUCAUUGUUUGUCAAACAACUUUCCCGUUAUUUAUUUGGGGAUGAAACUUUAAUGAAGAGUACCGUCACGGGAAAAACUAGUAAUCGUAAAAAAAAAAUUUGUAAGGAUAAAAAAGAAGAAUUAGUAGAUCCUGAGCAAUUAGACCCAAUAUUAAUAUCGAUAGUAAGAGAUUCUUUGAAAUACUAUUUUCGAUACAAAGGAGUUACCGAUGAUUUUAAGAUAAAUCGCGGCAUUGCAGAUAUACCUCGACUUAUUGCGAUUCUGAGUUCAGAUCUUAAAAAAUCUUCACAAAGACCAAUCUGUAAAAAAAAACCAGAAGCAACUGCCAAUAAAAACAAAGAAAACUAUCCAGAUAAUACCGUAAGAAAUGGAUCUGAAAAAAUAUCAGAUGACGAUUCUGAAUAUACUGAUAAUGACAAUGAUAAUGAUAAUGAUACCGAAAAUGACACCGAAAAUGAAAAUGAAAAUGAUUAG